GUGCCCAACAUGGCUGAGGUGUUGCUGCUGCCGCCGCCGCGGCUGCUUCUGGCGCCGGGACCGAGCGGAGGAUGCUGAGCUCCUCGGCGGCGACGUUGGCGUGGGCAGCGUGGGCAGGCCUGGAGGGAGCCGAGGAGGGCCCUCCGCCGCCAUGGCCAGGCUGGCGGAUUAUUUCAUUGUGGUGGGCUAUGACCACGAGAAGACAGGAUCCGGUGAAGGUUUGGGGAAGAUUAUUCAGAGAUUUCCAUUAAAGGAUUUGGAUGACACUCCUUUUCCACAAGGAAUAGAGUUGUUUUGUCAGCCCGGAGGAUGGCAUCUGUCAAAAGAGAGGAAGCAACCUACCUUCUUUGUGGUGGUUUUGACCGAUAUAAACUCAGAACGACACUACUGCUCUUGUCUAACUUUCUAUGAAGCAGAGAUCAAUUUACAGGGCACAAGAGAAACUGAAGGAGAGGAGGAGUCUGGUUUGAUUCAACCCGCAGCAGUCUUUGCUCCCAAAAGCUUGGUUUUGGUAUCCAGAUUAGAUUAUCCAGAAAUUUUCAGGGCUUGCCUUGGCUUGGUCUACACUGUGUAUGUGGACAAUCUGAACGUCUCUUUGGAGAAUCUCAUUGCAAAUCUUUGUUCAUGCUUUGUCCCUGCUGCUGGAGGGUCACAGAAGCUGUUUUCCCUAGGAGCAGGAGACAGACAGCUGAUACAAACUCCUUUACAUGAUAGUCUUCCUGUUACGGGAACUAGUGUGGCUCUUCUAUUUCAACAAUUAGGAAUUCAAAAUGUACUGAGUUUGUUCUGUGCAGUCCUCACGGAAAACAAGGUCCUCUUCCAUUCUGCAAGUUUCCAAAGGCUGAGUGAUGCGUGUAGAGCACUAGAAUCUUUAAUGUUUCCUCUCAAAUAUAGUUACCCAUAUAUUCCAAUUCUCCCUGCACAGCUUCUUGAAGUUCUCAGUUCACCCACACCUUUUAUUAUUGGUGUACAUUCAAUCUUCUGUAAUGAGAUUCAUGAACUUUUGGAUGUAAUCAUAGCAGACCUGGAUGGCGGUACAAUAAAAAUUCCUGAAUGCAUUCAUUUGUCUCCUCUCCCAGAACCACUUCUUCAUCAGACUCAGACUGCUUUGUCUCUUGUUUUACAUCCAGAUUUAGAAACAGCAGAUUAUGCAUUUCCUCCUCCUCGAACAGCUUUGUCACAAUCCAAAAUGUUGGAUAAAGAGGUGAGAGGAGUCUUCCUGAGGCUUUUUGCCCAGCUUUUUCAAGGAUAUAGAUCUUGUCUUCAACUAAUCAGGAUUCAUGCAGAACCUGUCAUAAAUUUCCACAAGGCAGCCUUCCUGGGCCAGCGGGGUCUGAUUGAAAAUGAUUUCCUUACCAAAGUUCUGAAUGGAAUGGCAUUUGCUGGUUUUGUGUCAGAGAGAGGCCCUCCAUACCGAUCCUGUGAUCUCUUUGAUGAGUUGGUAGCAUUUGAGGUAGAGAGAAUUAAAUCAGAAGAAAGCAAUUCAUCAAAAAUGUUAAAGCAUGUCAGAGAGCUUGCAGAGCAACUGUUCAAAAAUGAGAAUCCAAAUCCUCACAUGGCAUUCCAAAAAGUUCCACGGCCAACAGAAGGAUCUCAUCUGCGAGUUCAUGUCCUUCCUUUCCCCAAGAUUAAUGAAAAUCAGGUUCAAGAUUUAAUCCAGGAAGGUUUAGUUAAGAACCAAAGUGUGCCACCUGCUUCUCGCAUAGAAAGAAAAUGCGUUGUGCCUGCUGGUCCUCCUGUUGUUUCCAUAGUAGAAAAGUCAAGCUCAGUUUUCAACAGUGCACAAAGGCUGGAAGUUGUUAGAAACUGCAUCUCUUUUAUAUUUGAAAAUAAAAUUUUGGAGACAGAAAAGACUCUGCCUGCUGCACUGAGGGCCCUCAAGGGAAAAGUAGCUCGACAGUGUUUGACACAGGAACUAAGCCUUCAUGUUCAGCAAAAUCGUGCAAUAUUGGAUCAUCAGCAGUUUGAUUAUAUAGUGCGAAUGAUGAACUGUACUUUGCAGGAUUGUUCUACAUCAGAAGAAUAUAACAUUGCUGCAGCACUACUGCCACUAACAACUGCCUUUUAUCGGAAGCUAGCUCCAGGAGUCAGUCAAUUUGCUUAUACCUGUGUACAAGAUCACCCGAUAUGGGCUAACCAGCAGUUCUGGGAAACAACAUUUUAUAGUGAUGUGGAAAAUCAAAUUCGUUCCCUCUACCUAUCAGCUAAGGAAGACAAUCAUCCACAAAACCUAAAGCAGAAAGAGAACAAUUCUGAAGGCAAUACUCAAGAAAAGACUGCAAUGGACUUGGCUGCUGAGCAGUUGCGCCUUUGGCCAACACUUAGCAAAGAGAUUCAACAGCAGCUGGUACAAAGUGAGGAAAGCAUGGUUUUCAGCCAAGCAAUUCAUUUCGCCAAUCUCAUGGUGUACUUGCUGGUGCCAUUGGAUACCAGUAAAAAUAAACUGUUAAGAACUUCAGCCACAGGAGACUGGGAAAGUGGAAGCAAUAGCAUUGUCACAAAUAGCAUUGCAGGUAGUGUUGCUGAGAGCUAUGAUACCGAAAGUGGGUUUGAGGAUUCUGAAAACAAUGAUAUUGCCAAUGCCGUUGUGCGUUUCAUUACCAGAUUCAUAGACAAGGUUUGUACAGAAAGUGGAGUUACACAGGACCACAUUCGGAGUCUUCAUUGCAUGAUACCAGGAAUUGUAGCAAUGCACAUUGAAACUUUGGAGGCUGUCCAUCGAGAAAGUAGAAGGUUACCACCAAUACAGAAGCCCAAAAUUCUACGGCCAGCAUUGCUACCAGGAGAAGAGUUUGUGUGUGAAGGUCUUCGCGUGCUCCUGGAUCCCGAUGGCAGAGAAGAGGCCACUGGAGGAUUACUUGGAGGACCUCAUAUUCUCCCUGCAGAAGGAGCUUUGUUCCUCACAACUUACAGAGUUAUAUUUAAAGGCACACCACAUGAUCAACUAGUGGGAGAACAAACAGUUAUUCGAAGCUUCCCUGUUGCCUCAAUAACUAAGGAGAAGAAAAUUACCAUCCAGAACCAACUUCAACAAAAUAUGCAGGAAGGGCUGCAGAUCACCUCAGCUGCCUUUCAGCUGAUUAAGGUAGCUUUUGAUGAAGAAGUGAGCCCUGAAGUUGUAGAGAUAUUUAAGAAACAGCUAAUGAAGUUUCGCUAUCCCCAGUCCAUCUUUAGCACUUUUGCUUUUGCAGCUGGUCAAACCGCACCUCAGAUAAUCUUACCAAAGCAAAAGGAAAAGAACACUUCCUUUCGCACCCUUUCAAAAACAAUUGUUAAAGGAGCAAAACGUGCAGGGAAAAUGACAAUUGGCCGACAAUACUUACUGAAGAAGAAAACACCAGGGACAAUUGUAGAAGAAAGGGCAAAUCGCCCUGGGUGGAAUGAGGAUGAUGAUAUUUCAGUUUCAGAUGACAGUGAAAUGCACACAAGUGGUACUUUGAAAGCAUCAGAGAAAUCAACAAUGGAGCAGCUAGUGGAAAGAGCUUGUUUCAGAGACUAUCAGCGUUUGGGCUUAGGGACCAUCAAUAAUAGCUCUGCCCGCUCCAAAACAGAGUACUUUCGAAUAACUGCCUUGAACAGGAUGUAUUCUCUUUGCAGAAGCUACCCAGGGCUCCUAGUAGUACCUCAGUGUGUGCAAGACAGUAACUUGCAGAGAGUCGCUCGCUGCUACAGACACAAUCGCUUGCCAGUGGUGUGUUGGAAGAACUCAAAAAGUACCACACUUCUACUUCGAGCUGGAGGUUUCCAUGGUAAAGGAGUGGUUGGUCUUUUCAAAUCUCAAAAUACACAAACCUCAGCUCCUACAUCACUAGAGUCAUCAAGCAGCAUAGAACAAGAAAAAUAUCUUCAAGCCUUACUGAAUGCAAUUUCUGUCCAUUGCAAAAUGAAUGGCAAUAAUACUCUAACCAUCAGGCCAACAAUUGCAUUGUCUCCAGGCACUGAAAGGAGGGCUUCAAGAAUGUCCACUGUGUUUAAGCAGGUAGUGCCAGGACAUUUGGAUGUAAAUCUAUCCAAUAGCUUUGCCCGAGGAGUGCUUGGGUACAGAGAUAAAUGUCUCACACAUUCAAAUUCCAAAUCAGGAAGAGUCUACCAAGGUGUAUGGGCAAGUCUUCGGUCUAGCAGUCGGUUUAUCAGCACACAGAUGCCAUUCCUUGAUGUUGGUGCAAGAUUAGCAGGAAAAGAUGGUUCACCUUCAUAUUCCAGCAGUAAUACAUAUUUUCAAAACCGACUUACAAAGCGGCAAGCUUCUCUCUAUGUCUUUGGAGAAAAAUCACAAUUGAGGGGCUUCAAACUUGAUUUUGCUUUAAACUGUGAAUUUGUUCCAGUUGAAUUCAGUGACCUCCGGCAAGUGAAAGCUAGCUUUAAAAAGCUGAUGAGUGCCUGUGUUCCUAGCAGUAUUCCUUCCGAUCCUGAAAUAACAUUCCUCAAAGCGCUGGGAGAGUCAGAGUGGUUCCCACAGCUUCAUCGUAUAAUGCAGUUGAGUGUGGUUAUGUCUGAGCUGCUUGAGAAUGGUUCUUCUGUUCUUGUUUGUCUAGAAGAUGGCUGGGACAUCACAGCACAGGUGGUGUCCCUUGUGCAGUUACUCAGUGAUCCAUUCUAUCGAACACUCGAAGGCUUCCGAAUGUUGGUUGAAAAAGAAUGGCUAUCCUUUGGCCAUAAGUUCAGCCAGCGCAGCAAUUUGACACUCAAUUGUCAGGGGAGUGGGUUUGCUCCAAUCUUCUUGCAGUUUUUGGAUUGCGUUCAUCAGGUUCACAACCAGUAUCCAACAGAGUUUGAAUUCAAUCAGUAUUACUUGAAGUUCUUAGCAUUUCACUAUGUUUCCAAUCGAUUCAAAACAUUCCUGCUGGACUCAGACUACGAAAGACUAGAACAUGGAACACUGUUUGAAGAUAAAGGAGAGAAGCAUGGUAAAAAAGGAAUUUGUAUGUGGGAAUGCAUUGAUAAAAUACACAAAAGGAGUCCCGUUUUCUUCAAUUACCUCUACACACCAGUUGAAACAGAGGCAUCCUUUUCACAGGUAUUAAAACCAAAUGUAAACAUAUCCAGUCUUAAAAAAUGGGAUUACUACACAGAAGAGACCUUGGCCACAGGCCCUCCCUAUGACUGGGCCAUGAUAAUUUCUAAAUGUAGCACCUUGGAUGAACCUGACCAGAGGGAUGAGUCAUCUUCCCACAGUAAGAGGAAAAUUGUUUGGCCGUGCUAUGAUGACAUUAACAAAGUGCAGCCUGAUGCCAUCACCAGCCUAUUAAAUGAAAUCGAAAGAUUGGAAAACAGGUUACAUCAGAACCCAGAAAGAUGGCAGCAGUUGUGGGAGAGAGUCAAAGUAAAUGUUAAAGAAGAUACAAGGCAGGACAAUCAUCGGAGGCAUCCUUCUGGCUCUUCAGCAGUAAUGUCUGCCAAUCUACAUUCCUAUCAGAAGAGGUCUUUGUUGCAUCUGCCAGACAGCGGAUUGGGUGAAGAACAUAAUGCCAACAGCUCACCCUCCAAUGGGGUGGAAAGGAGAGUGACUACUCUGUACAAUCAGUUCACUUCAAAGAAUGAUGAGAACAGGUCAUUUGAAGGUACACUGUACAAAAGAGGAGCUUUGCUAAAAGGCUGGAAACCUCGAUGGUUUGUGCUCGAUGUUACUAAACACCAGCUAAGGUAUUACGAUUCAAUGGACGAUGCAUGCUGUAGGGGCCAUAUUGACCUUGCAGAAGUGGAAAGUGUGAUACCCGCUUCACCAACCAUUGGUGCUCCGAAACAUACCAAUGAGAAAGCAUUCUUUGAUCUGAAGACAAGUAAACGUGUGUACAAUUUCUGUGCCCAAGAAGCACAAAGCGCCCAGCAAUGGAUGGACAGGAUACAGAGUUGCAUUUCAGAUGCAUAACAAAGAAUCUCAGUUUGCUGCCAACCAUGGAAAGAAAAUCCUUUCAACAUGCAUGAUUAACUGUGGAUUGUGAGAAAAUUGUUAUUGAGAAUCAAACAGCCUUAUAUUCAGCCAUAAAUGCUCUAAACAUACUAUUUCCUUAAGUUCAUCAUUUGUAUAUAAUGACUUUUUUUUUUCAAUACAAGGACCCUCAAAAUUGGUCACCUUUUUGCCUGGGCAACUUUUUCUCUUCAUAAAGCUCCAAUCUCGCAGGAUUGCACUGAAAGAGCUUCAUCUCACAAGUAUUUAAAUCUAAGUAUUUAUAAAUCAUCUCCCCACAAAUAACUUUCUAUUUCCACUUAACUACUCUGUUGCAGGAAGAGGAGUUUAUUUUCAAACUCGGUGCUUUUGCUGGGAGAACAUUGUUCAAAACUUCAAGACCUUUAGGUUUGAAACAGAUCAAUAUGCAGUACUGACAAGAUGCUAUUUUCUUUUUUUUCUAAGGUUUUUCUUUUUUUCCUACCAAAAUUAAGUAACCACUAAUUAAUUAAAGAAUGCAUUGGGGGUGGGGGUCUCUGCAUUGUCUCUUCCUGUUCCAGCAGAUCAGUGGAAAUUAAAAUAAAACAGACAAGAGAAGGAGCCUGUUAACAAAUCAGAUCUGGCAAGGUGAGAAGCCGAAGAAAUAUAAAAGUUGUAUAGUAACUUAUGUGCUUUUCUGUUCAUUAUAAAAUGAAAUAACACAAUGAUAAAUGCACUAAAUAAAUUGAACACUUGCACUGAAAUCCUUGAAAACAGACAUUUUGAAGGACAGAAGUAAAUUAUUUAUAGCAAAAAUGCUAGCUAGAUAACAGCAAUUAAAGAUAAUGAUAUGUACAUAAUUUGGCUUUAUAUGAUGCAAUUUGAUACUUUAAAAACAUUUUUGCACAUGAAUUGGAAGAAUGUUUUUAGGGUGUCCUUUUUUUUUACAUUUGCUAACCUUGUAUUUGUUUAUCUUUUAAAAAUCUUUGAGAAAAUUUUGUUAUUUUGGGUUUUUUUACUAUUGAAAAAUAUAAUACAAGUUUCACUUGUUACAACCUGUGAUGAGUUUUAAAUGUGCAGUCUCUAGAUAGUUAAAAUGCAAUGUCUUCAUUUUGAAUACUAAUAUGUUAAAUGUCAAAUUUCUAUGUCAGAGUUUGUAUAUACUACUCAGUAUUUCCAAGAGUUUGGUAACAUUACUUAUAACUUAAUGGCUGAGUUCAUGUGUAAUGUUCAACCACAGUUUAGCAUUAUAGAAGAAGUUUCAGCAAACCCUGGGCUCAGUACUUGCCCUUCCAUAUGUGGUUCGGCCAUGAGGAGUCCCUUCAUCUCCAGCUUGUCAAGCUAUCAAAUCCAAGACAAACGGUAGUUGGUGUUAACUAUGCUUAAUGAAAACGAGUAAAAGUCAAAACAUCACUUAUGAAGCUGGCUUGUUUUCCUGAAUGGUAACUCUAAAACGGAUGCAAAACUUUCCAGUCUCCUCCUCCAAUAAGAGGAGGGGAGGAACGGUUCAGAUCCCCAAGGCUCACUGUGCCUCCUCGAUGUAAUACUCGGCUGUGGCUUAGCAUUACUACAAACAAAGCCAAUAACAACUGACCAAAACUGACUUCGGUUACUAAAAUUCUUUGCCUUUAAAAUAACCACUAUUUUUUCUAUCAAAUAGUGAAUACAGAUUUCAAACCAUAUGCCUAAUAGGAAAUGCCUCUGCUUUUAAUACAUUUGAAAUUACAAACAAAGAGGAAUGAAGGAUUUUUUUCUAGGAUUUUCAGAUGAUAAACCAUCACCUGUGAAAACUGGUAUUUGCACAUUUGUGUGGGUUUUUUUAUAUGAAGUACUUUCUUUGUACUUUAUGAAAUAUUGAUCCUGUUUGUUCUACGGUUGUUUAAAAUGUAUACUACACUACUUACAUAGUUGUAACCAGGCAUUUUUUAAUUAUUUUGUGUAUAUUACAUAACUAGUGUAUGCUAACCAGUUUGUAAUACAGAUACUUCAUAAGAAAACAUUCCUCCUUUACUUUACCCCAGUGGAAUAGUACCAGAAAUAUUUUACAUCAUCUAAUUGUACAAUUAAAUUAUAUCCCAAAUUUGUGUGUAAUAAAAUUUGUAUUUUUGUACAGCAAGUGCCCUCUUGCAUGUGGAAAACUGUUCUUAAGUCUAUUUUUUCAUGUUAAAUUCAAAACAGUCCAUGAAUAACCUAGCCAUAUCACUGUUAUUACCUACUUCAAAAAGUUGUUUUGCAUUCUUUGUUGCGUGAAUAAAGAAAAAAUGUAUGCAACAUCAA